AUGUUCAGCAACAACAAAUCGAACACUAUUGCGUGAGUAAUUUCAGAUAGAAAUUUAUUGUCAAAUCAUGUGAAAACAAAAAUGUUGCAGUUAUUUGAACGAACUUCUUGCUGAAAUGACACAAUUGGUCGAGACGCCAUACGAAUACAAAAAUGCGCAAAUUCUUUUGUCACGCGAGAUAACUCGAGUUUGGGAGGAUUUUCAGAGUCCGCCAAGAUCUCAAUCCAAUAUCGAUCAUCAUCAUCGACGAGAAGAACAACAGAAAUUCACACCGCCGCCUGGCGAUUUUCCAAUUCCACAAUUUCAAUCGACACCGAGUUUCGAUGCGAAUUUUGUGACACCAGUGAGAAAAGGGAAAAGAAAUAAGUAUAGUAAAAGUUAUCGAGGACAAGAAGAAGAAGAGGAGAAUUUGAAUACAAGUAGAAGUUUUAUUGAGGGAGGAGAAUCACAGAAGAAAAUGGAAUCUGUGAAUGAUUGUCAUGUUUUGCAAACAAAGAUCUAUAUUCCUGAACCGCCGAUGGAAAAGGGUGGAAAACCUAUGUGAGUUUGUGGAAUUGUCUAGUUUUUAAUGCAAAACUAUGUGCGCCGGUUGCAAUCAGGCUCCGCCCACUUGAAAAAUUUGAAAAUUACGAGAAUCCGCUUUUCCCUUGUGUUCUUGCAAAAACUGUGUGCGGUGAUUGCAAUUUGGCCACACCCACUUGGAAAACAGCUGUAAUUUGAACACUUCUCGACUCUCCAUUCAAAAAAGCAAAACUUUAGACUUUUCCUAAUAUUUUAAAAGUACGAUGGAAGUUUUCGUAGUGUUUGCACUCAAAAUUCCAGACUACCGUAACUUUCAUAUUUUCUAGCAAAUGCAGUUACAUUGGUCGUAUUCUUGGACCAUCUGGAAUGUCAGCCAAAAUGAUUGAAAGACAAUUCGAUGUGACUCUUUUAAUCCGUGGCCGUGGUUCAAUUCGCGACACAAGAUUAGAAAACGAGUUAUGCGGUCGAAAAGGAUUUUCGCAUCUCGAUGAACCACUUCACGUACUUUUAAUCGCUAAAAAUGUGAAUCGAAAAGAAUGCGAAAAAACAUUGGAUCGUGCAGCUGAACGAGUCGCCAGUUUAAUGACACCAGUUCACGAUGAAUUGAAGAGAGAUCAAUUGUUGAGACUCUCGGUUAUCAAUGGAACUUAUGUUCAAAGAGCCAACUUCAAAACUCCCGAAUCUUCCAUGUAUUCUUGCUCAUAA